UUCCGUCAUGUGUUCGUUCGGCAGCCCGUCCAUACCUGCGCACACAAGCCUACUAGCCCACCACAACGCCAUGGCUGCAGCGAGCUUCCUCUUCCUAAUCAUCCUACAUGCUGCAGUCGUCCCCUCUGUCGACAGCGCAAGGGACAUAUCCAACGGGACCUGCUUCCCUGCUGACAGGGUCGCGCUGCUCUCCUUCAAGGACGCCAUCACGAGCGACCCGAGACAUCUCCUCGUCUCGUGGCAGCAAGGACACCACGACUGCUGCCGGUGGAGCGGCGUCACCUGCAGCCGCCGGACAGGCCACGUCGUCAAACUCGACCUCGGCGACCGUCGUCCACCAGAGGGUGUGUUCAUUGGUGCCAUUGGACAGCAUUCGCUGCGCGGACAGGUAUCUUCUUCUUUGCUUGCUCUCCGAGGUAGUCUCAGGUAUCUAGACCUGGGCGGGAAUUUACUUCUCGGAGAUGCAAUGGCCAUGCCGGGAUUUCUGGGUUCUCUGCAGAGUUUGACGUAUCUCAACCUCUCCUACAUGGGUUUCUAUGGUAAAGUCCCCCCUCAGCUAGGCAACCUCUCCAAACUGCUAGUCCUUGACAUACAGUCCACUCAUCUAUACUCAAAGGAUAUAUCUUGGUUACCACGUCUCCGCUCGCUAGAGUACCUUAACUUGGCCUUAAUCAACCUCACCGGAGUCAGUGAUUGGGUCCAUAAAGUCAACGCCCUUCCCAAUUUGGUUGUACUGAAUCUCCGUUACUGUAAACUUUGUGCUCCAUCAUCACUUUUGCACCACAACCUCACAGUUCUUGAGGAGCUUAACCUCGAUUCUAAUCCUUUUGACAGUCCGGUUGCACCCCAGUGGUUCUGGGAUGCAACUAGCCUCAGGAGCCUAAAGUUAGGGGGUUGUGGAUUAUCAGGCACAUUUCCUGACGAGGUAGGAAACUUGACCUUGUUAGAGACCUUCGACCUAUCAGGUAACAACAUCAAGAGGAUUAUACCAGGGACACUACAAAAUUUGUGUAAUCUGAGGUCUCUAUAUCUCGACUACAGCAACAUUAGUGUCGAUAUUUCAGAGGUAAUACAAAAGAUCCCCAACUGUUCUUGGAGGAAUUUACAAGAGCUGACUCUGGCAUAUAACAACAUCACUGGCACGACAUUAAAUUUUGUGUCAAACCUAACUAGCUUAAGAAAGCUUGAUGUCAGUGACAACCAGUUGAGUGGUUCAGUGCCUGUGGAGAUUGGAAGGCUUGCAAAUUUGACUGAAUUAUACCUUGGAAAAAAUGAAUUUGCUGGUGUGAUAUCAGAAAAUCAUUUUAUUGGUUUGAUGAAUUUAAAGUCCAUUGACUUAUCAUAUAAUAAUUUGGAGCUCAUUAUUGACUCACGCUGGGUACCUCCAUUCAACUUGCAUUUAGCGUGGUUUACAUCUUGUCAUUUGGGUCCCCAGUUUCCUAAGUGGCUUCGAUGGCACAAGAGCAUUGGUUGGCUUGACAUUUCAAACACAGGUCUAGUUGGCAAGAUCCCAGAUUGGUUUUGGACUACCUUUUCUGAUGCUAUAAUUUUGGCAAUCUCCUUGAACCAACUUAGCGGCGAGUUACCACCCAGUCUUGAGUUCAUGUCAGUGAUUGGAAUUUCAAUGCAUUCAAACCAACUGACUGGUUUGAUACCCAAGUUACCAAGAAAGCUUGAGUUAUUGGAUAUGUCAAGAAACUCUUUUAGUGGGUUCGCGCCAAGUUUCCAAACACCGGAUCUGGAAGUUUUAGUUCUUUUUUCCAAUUCUAUAACCGGAACUAUUCCAUCGUCAAUUUGUCGAUUGAGAAGAUUGCGGAUCUUAGAUCUUUCAAACAAUCUACUUUCAGGGGAGAUUCCUGAUUGUGGCGGAAAAGAUCUGAAAAAUCAGAACUCAUCUAUCAACAACCCUUCAAGAGUCAAUUCAGUGGGUUAUUUAAGUUUGAAAACUGUCCUACUAAGCAACAACAGUCUUUCAAGUGGAUUUCCGUUAUUGCUACGACAAUGUCCAAGUCUUGUUUUCCUCAGUCUGGCUCAAAACAAAUUUACUGGACAGCUACCUACAUGGAUUAGUGAAUCCAUGCCUCAUUUGGUUAUGCUACGAUUAAGAUCGAACAAAUUUUCUGGUCACAUUCCAAAUCAAAUAAUGGAACUUGGUGUUCUCUCUAUUCUGGAUCUAUCCAACAAUAAUUUUUCUGGGGACAUACCACAGUAUCUAGAAAAGUUAAAAGUUUUGACCGGCACUACGACUCCUUUCAAUGAGAAUCCUUUUGAGGAAUAUUUUUGGGACGAGCACCAUUCAGCUUAUAUGGGACCCUCCGAUGAUAGCUUGUCGGUGGUAAUAAAAGGGCAAGUACUUGAGUAUAGGAAGAAUGUUAUAUAUUUGAUGAGCAUUGACUUAUCUUGCAACAGUUUAUCUGGAGAAAUCCCAGAGGAACUGAGCUCCCUCUCUGGUCUCAUAAAUUUGAAUUUAUCUUCAAACUUGUUGAGCGGAAAUAUCCCAUAUAAGAUUGGCAACCUUCGAUCGCUGGAGUCUUUUGACCUCUCAAAGAACAGACUUGGUGGUGAAAUUCCUCAGGGCUUAACAAAUUUGACAUACUUGAGCUAUUUAAACUUGUCAUAUAAUAAUCUUUCGGGAAGAAUACCCUCAGGACAUCAACUAGACAUCCUGAAGACAGAUGAUCCAGCUUCUAUGUACAUUGGUAAUCCAGGUCUUUGUGGAUAUCCAGUUCCAAGGGAAUGUUCUGGUCCUCGUAGAGAUCCACCAACUAGCAAAGAUUCAGCAAGAUGGUCUGAAAAUGGUUUGUUUCAAAUGGAUUUCCUUCUAGGAUCAAUCGUCGGUUUUGUGGCGGGCAUUUGGCUGAUAUUUUGUGGGCUUCUCUUCAUGAAGAGGUGGAGGUACGAUUAUUUUGGGCUACUCGACGAGCUAUAUGACAGGUUGUAUGUCAUUUCCGUUGUUACUUGGCGGAAAUGGUUCAGGAGCACAUACGUACAUUAAGCAAGAACUACAUGGGG